AACUCUAGGAAAGCUUGAACUCAUCGGCGCAGGUUAGAAGUCGGAGGAAACAUCAACAUGGUGAUAACCUGAUUAGAGAGACGAUCGCAGCACGUAAAUGCCUCUGGUUGCAAGGAACUGUACGCAUAUAGGAAACCACGGUGAUCUCUCGUUCGUCGAGUCCGUGGUUUCUCAGAAGGAGAAAUUUGGCAAAUGUAGCGUUUGCAACAGCGAAGGUCCAAAUUUGUGGGUAUGUCUUUUCUCCGAAUGUCGCUGGGUCGGCUGUUCCAGGCACCUCGUUCACAACCCUGGCCAGUACGCUGUGUUUUCGACACACUGUGUACAUAUGAAUCUUACUACAAAUCAUAUUUGGUGUCACACGUGCGAAAAGGAAGUUAUUGCCAGGCACAUCCCAUCUCCUCCGGUGUCGCCGACUCAAGUUGACCUGAAAUCUGGUAAUAUGUUUGCUGGAGAUGCAUCGGUCAACAUAGAUUGCAAGAUCGAUAAUUCGGAGGUACAACAGUCCUCAAGCAAUAGAUAUAAUAGAGCAAUUGUAAAUAGAGUUGGAAUGGAGAAAGGUACAACGAUACACGAAAAGGCUGGAGAUUCUCCAGAUAGUACCGAUUCGGAUGAGUGCAAGGAUUUUACGGGAAAACCACGUGGCUUGGUCGGUCUUCAGAAUAUUGGAAAUACCUGUUACAUGAAUGCCGCUCUUCAAGCACUGUCCAAUGUACCUCCAUUAACGCACUUCUUUUUGGAUUGUGGACUUAUGGUCAGCUACAUAGCAAAAGAUCGCAAGCCUGGACUGAGCUUGAACUACCUUAAUUUAAUUAAGGAUAUUUGGAACAGGAAAACCAGAGGAUACGUAGUUCCACAUGGCAUUUUGUAUGGCAUCAGGACCGUUCAUCCAAUGUUCAGAGGUUACCAUCAACAUGACACCCAAGAAUUCUUAAGAUGUUUCAUGGAUCAAUUACACGAGGAGUUAAAGGAGCACAUCGAGGAUGACCGAGAUAUUCUUUUGAGGUUAAAGGGUUUAGGAGAUCAUUCUUCCGACGAGGAUGAAACCGAGAUCGAUGGAAAUGGCUCCAGUCAAUCUGAUGCCGAAUAUGAAACGUGUGACUCAGGAGUAAGCGAGCAAAGCUCUUUAAGCGACGAAGGUGAGAGAGGUACAAAGAGAAAAUAUUCACGGGUGUUGCAGGCAGAAAAGUCAAGGAGUAUGUUCACUAGUAGAAAUAUAAAAAAAUCGUCAAUUGAAGAAACUUUUACGCAGCAACAGCGGUCCACGCAAAACUCACCGGUAAAGCAUCGUACUAAAAAACAAAUGAAAACUAGAAGUAUUAUCAGCGAUAUUUUUGAUGGGAAGCUUUUAAGCAGCGUACAAUGCUUAACCUGUGACAGGGUUUCGACAAGGGUCGAGACAUUCCAAGACUUAUCGCUGCCCAUUCCAAGUCGAGACCACAUCGACAUGCUGCACCAGGGUUCACUGACUCCUCAGAAAGCAGGUCCAUGUUCCGAUGUUGUAUAUGUCACUAAUCAGUCAGGAUGGCUUACAUGGCUUUUUCAGUGGAUGCGAUCCUGGUUUUGGGGUCCUGUGGUGAGCUUGCAUGAUUGUUUAUCAGCCUUUUUUAGUGCUGACGAGUUGAAGGGCGAUAAUAUGUACAGCUGUGAAAAAUGUAAUAAACUUCGCAAUGGUAUUAAAUUUUCUAAAGUCCUAGAACUGCCAGAAAUACUGUGCGUUCACCUGAAGAGGUUUCGUCAUGAAUUAAUGUUUAGUUCAAAGAUAGCAAACUAUGUAUCUUUUCCACUCGAGGGUUUAGAUAUGAGACCGUACUUGCAUAAAGAAUGUGUAUCAAAAGUGUCAACGUAUGAUCUAAUAUCCAUCAUUUGCCACCAUGGAACGGCAGGCGGUGGUCAUUACACGUGUUAUGCUCUUAAUCCAGAUGUAAAUCAAUGGUUUGAAUUCGAUGAUCAGUGCGUAACGCAAGUAUCACCAGAGACGGUUAAGAACUGCGAAGCUUACGUGCUCUUUUACAAAAAGUGGUCCCAAGAAAUGCUUCAACUACGCGAUAAAGCGGUAGAACUGAUGGAGAUAUCAUCCCGAGAACCAUCCGAUUUGAGUUUCUUUGUGUCACGACAAUGGAUAAAUCGCUUUAAUACUUUUUCGGAACCUGGGCCUAUUGACAAUAAGGACUUUCUAUGCCCGCAUGGUGGAGUUAAUCCUGUAAGAGCUCAGUUCGUAGACAAGAUCAGUAUGCCAAUCCCGCAGGUUGUGUGGGAGUAUCUCUAUAACACAUUCGGCGGAGGCCCGGCUUGCACACAUUUGUACGAGUGUCCUGUAUGUGAAGAAAAACACGAGUCUUUGCAGAAGAGGAUGCAGUAUGAAAUGGAAGUGUUUCUGCGAUUGAACUACAAUGCCGAUAAUCCGACAGCUAUUUAUGCUUUGGCAAUGGCAUGGCUACGACAGUGGCAGAGUUUUGUCAGGGGUAAAGAAACCCAACCCCCUGGACCAAUCGAUAACUCGUCGAUCGUUAUUAACAAAAACGGACAAAAUGUCUUAAAACCCGGUUCUGACUACGGGCAAAUACCUGAAGAGCUUUGGCAAUUUUUCCUCAGUACAUACGGCGGAGGGCCUGAGCUCAUGUUGCAUUCGUGCCAAAGGCCGACGUCCACUCAACCAAAUAUUUCUCUACAUUCCACUUCGAAUCCAAAUCUUAUCGAUCAGGUUCCUAAGUGUAAUCGAACAGAGGCUAAAUCCAACAAACUAACUUUAACGAAAAGUUUGGAAAGUAUUUCUCAACCAGACAGCGUUAUUGAGCGUAUACUUUCUGAUAACGACUCUCAAACGCAGAGGGAUAUUAGCGGGUAAUAAAGGACGUCCAUGACGCAUCCUUUACAUUCUAGGCAUUGAAUAAUUAAUAUAAAUGCUCGAAAGAAAUAAAGACACUUCCAUAGGGUGAAAUGAAUUAAGCGAGAGUCGAUAUUUGAAAUUUGACUUUUCUAUGUGUAAUCUUGUUACAGAUUUAUUAGUGGAUUAUUUAAAUCAAAAGUAUUUUAUCAGUGGGGAAGAAACGAAUGGUGCGAUAGAUGUAUAACUUGUAAUAUACGCGAGUAAAACAAUGCUGAAACAUUA